AUGCUUGCGGAAAAGAUGUGCUUUACAAUAUCUAGUAGUCCAACACAGAAAAAAUUAUGCAAAAAUAAUUCCAUGGAAAGUAGCCCUAAUAGUAUAACAUGUAAAAGUAGAACUAACACGAAAAAACCUAGUAUUCAAGCAAUUUAUACAAAUAAAUUUAAACUGACAGAUGAAUACUUAGGAAUUAGAUAUGAUACAAAUUUACAUAAAGAUUUACUACUAAUAACUGCCUUUAACAAUAGAAAACUAUAUGGAAAGUAG